AUGGUGGACAUGAUUCGCGGUCAAAGUCUUGGUGACGCAUUCUCAAGCGGCGUUGCAGUGGCUCCCAAUUUGGGUGCGUUUUGGGGAGUUGCGAUCUUGUUUGUGUCUAGUAAUGUUGCAGGGAGGAAGAUGAGGUCUUCUUUGCCUAUGCCAUUGACUUCAGUCAAAACUUUAAAUGGGACAAAUUUUGAGGAUUGGAAAGAAUCUUUGGAUUUGUAUCUAGCAACUACCAACAUGGAUUUUUCCUUGAGAGAAGCAGAACCUUCAGCUCUUACGCUUGAGUCCACUAUUGUCCAGAGAGCUUCUCGUGAAAAAUGGGAACACUCGAACAGGGUGUGCCUGAUGGUGAUGAGAUAUACCAUGGAGAAGUCUAUUCGACAGAGCAUUCCGGAUAAUGACAAUGCUAAGGAUUUUAUGAGAUCAGUUGGUGAGAAGUUUAAAACUUUUGCUAAAGCUCAAAAGGGUCAAUAUCUGUCACUUCUUGAGAAGACCAAAUAUGAUGGUGUCAGUGGUGUUCAUGAGCAUAUGAUGAAGCUUGUGCACUAUUAUAACAAACUCAAAUCUCUAAAGGUAGAUCUUGGUGAUAGUUACUUGAUUUGGCAGGUUAUGGAAUCUCUUCCUUCUCAGUUUGAUGUGUUGAAGACUUCUUACAACACUCAAAAAGGAGGAAUGGACAAUUGA